AUGUCUCAGACGAAGAAAUUGACGCCGAAUCUGGAUCAGCAGACCACGAAGGUGCUGAAUCUCACGGUGCUCCAACGAAUCGAUCCAUUCAUUGACGAGAUUCUCUUCACCGCCGCCCAUGUCUCCUUCUACGACUUCAACAUCGAAAGCAACCAGUGGAGUCGCAAGGAUGUCGAAGGAUCUCUCUUCGUUGUCAAGAGGAAUUCACAACCACGGUUUCAGUUUAUCGUAAUGAAUCGACGAAAUACAGAUAACCUAGUGGAGAAUCUAUUGGAUUUUGAGUAUGAACUUAAAAACCCGUACCUAUUAUAUCGGAAUGCGGCUCAAGAAGUUAAUGGUAUAUGGUUUUACAAUUCAGAGGAAUGUGAGGAAGUUGCAAAUCUUUUUAACAGGAUACUUAAUUUGUACCCAAAGGCAUCUCCAACUACAGGAACACCAACUAACAGAAGUGGGUUUGAGGACCAUCAGCCAGUGUCAAUUAUACCAGAAAACCCUGUAGAAUCAUCUUUAGCUACUGCUUCUGCAACUGAUGCUGUUGAAGAUCCUGUAUUUACAAACUUUUUCAGUACAUUGAAGGCUACUGGAAAUUAUGCUUCCACUGUAGAAAAUGUUAGACAACCUUCUACGACUGUCACUCCUAUUGCUCCUAGUGGUUUAUUUUCUCCUGCAUCUACUGUGCAAAUACCCGUCUCUCAUUCAACUUCAUCUAUAUCAGGCUUCCAUAUUGAUUCUCUUGAAACAGUCAAAAGUGGCAGUCAAGUCAUUAAUCUUGUUAAGCCUUCUACUUUUUUCGCAUCAACUUCUUCGUCUUCACUGUUAGCUCCACCUAUUUCUUCACCUGUGCUGCCUAGUGCAGUUGUUAAUCAUUCCUUGAAUCUGCCACGACCAUAUGGCACUCCGGUACUUCAACCCUUCCCACCCCCUAAUCCUCCUCUCUCUCUUACCCCUGUUUCAAGCUCUAGUCCAAAUAGACCUGUAAUAGGCAGGGACAGCGUUCGCCAUGCACUUUUAUCAUUGGUUCAGGAUGAUCAAUUCAUUGAUAUGAUGUUCCAGGCAUUACUGAAGUGUAUUGUAGAAAUAGCCGUAUGUUUCUGCACAAUGAUAAGUGUUUCGAUGUCAGUGUCGCCUUAUUACCCUUUGUUGUAUGUUCUUUGUGUUUUAAAAUACAAUCAUGGUUCUGUCGGUGUCUGUGCAUCAAGUCGGACAAGUCCUCUCUAUGGACAAAUGAAGAUAUGUAUGUACAAUCCCAUGUUUAACAUGCUGCUAACAACAAUCUUUAAUGGGAUGAAAUCACAACAAAACGAAAUUGCAAGAACUAAGGAGGUGCAGGAAGAAACAGCGUUCAUUGAUUAUGUUAUGGGCUGUGGGUAUGAAGACCAACCCAAAUACCCAGUUCUGCAUGCCCCUCCUCCUAUAUUGGGCCUGGCCUGUUGCAGCCUAAGCCCACGAUUGGGUUGA